UCCGUCUAUGAUUCGCUGCAGUUCAGGAAAACUUUUAUUUCACCAUCCUUAUCCUAAAUCUCCUGGACAGAGUGGUCAAAUCCUUUAAUGCACAAAUAUGAGCGACCAAGGAUUGACGGACGAAGCCGCGGCUGAAGCAUGUAAAGAUGGUGACCCAAUUACUCAGGAUUUUAUGAUGCAGCAGACCAUGCUGAGGGUGAAAGAUCCGGUAAAAUCCCUAGACUUCUACACUCGCAUCCUUGGAAUGACCCUGCUGCAGAAGUUUGAUUUCCCAUCCAUGCGGUUUUCCCUCUACUUCCUGGGCUAUGAGGACAAGAAGGAAAUUCCAGCAGACAAAAAGGACAGGACAGCCUGGACAUUCUCCCGGCGUGCCACUAUUGAACUGACACAUAACUGGGGGUCAGAGACGGAUGACAGCCAGUCUUACCACAACGGCAACUCUGACCCACGAGGUUUUGGUCACAUUGGUAUAGCUGUGCCUGAUGUCUACGCUGCCUGCAAACUGUUUGAGAAGCAAGGUGUUACCUUUGUUAAAAAACCAGAUGAUGGUAAAAUGAAGGGGCUGGCCUUCAUUCAGGACCCUGAUGGUUACUGGAUAGAGAUCCUCAGCCCGAACAACAUGGUAUCCAUCACCUCAUAAAGGAUCUUCUGGAGUAAUGCUUUGUGGAGAAAUGUUUUGUAGUGUAAUGCUUUGUGAAGAUGGAAGAGGUGAAGUAAGAAAUAUAUACCAUGCUAUCAUGCAGAUAGCUCAGCAAAUUGGCUAGCUUUGUGGAAUAGUGUUCAUGUAGGCUAAUGUGCUGAAAUAUGGACAGUCCUCACAUUCACAUAGUUCCACAGAAUGCUGAAAACUGAAAUUCUAUUGCUUCCAACCAAGCCUCAGUAGUCUACAUAAAUUAAUAUAUUUUGCAUUGCUCGGUUCAUUUAUUGACUUUGUGAAUAUGGCACUUGGGAAAGAUAGCUGUACUUUUUUAGAUAUUUUCUAGAGGACUUCCUGAUCUUAUCCCCACUAGCUUUCAGUGCACCAUGGUGCUAUUGUUCAAUAAAGCAGCUUACUGCUGUUUACUGUUAUGAUUCAUUUGA